AUGUAUGCUGUGACUAUUAGUGCUGAGGGUGACUGUUACCUGUGUGUUUUGCCCGACCCGGGCAUUGAGGCUGCUGCUCUAGGUGCUAGUGAGGCUGCUGCUCCAGGUGCUGGUGAGUCUGCUCUCUCAGGUACCGCGUCGGCUCAGGUCUUGCACUCUUUCACCCUUGACUCAGGUGCUUCCCGCUCCUUCUUUCGCGACUGCACCACACUCACGCCGCUCAGUCGACCAGUGGCAGUCUCCCUGGCUGACCCCUCAGGGGCUCCGGUCCUUGCGCACUCCUACACGGUUCUGCCGUGUCCGGCGGUCCCGCCUGGCUCUCUGUCAGGUCUCCACCUCCCCUCGUUCUCCACGAGCUUGGUGAGUGGAGCUGACCUUCAGGACGUGUGGGUUGACCAGUUCACUCCUGGAGACUCUCCUCUGGCACCACCGCCUUGGUCACCCCUCCCUGCCUCGUCUCCGAGGCAUGGCCUCCCGUGUCCUUGUUACUGGUCUUCCCCGGUCUCUCCCUCCCCUUCCCCCGGGGCCUGCCCCUACCUGCGUUCCUUGCGUCGAGGGGCGGCAGCGCGUCGCUCCUCACUCCUCCGAGUUCCCCCCGACGGAGGCUCCCCUGCAGAAUCUUCACAUGGACGUGUGGGCGCAGCCCACGUCCGUGGACAGGGUCACGAGCGUUACUUUCUGCUGGUCGUUGACGACUACUCGCGUUACACCACAGUCUUCCCCUUGCGCCGCAAGGGUGAGGUCACUGAGGUGCUGAUCGACUGGAUCCGCGCUGCCCGUCGCCAGCUCAGCGAGAGUUUCGGCUCGGACCUUCCUGUUCUGCGUCUGCACUCCGACAGAGGUGGAGAGUUUUCCUCCGACCUUCUGAGGGCCUUCUAUCGUGUGGAGGGCAUCCGCCAGACGUUCAUGCUUCCGGCCUCUCCACAGCAAAAUGGGAUUGCUGAGCGCCGCAUUGGCAUGGUCAUGGACGUCGCUCGUACAUCCAUGAUCCAUGCGGCUGCUCCCCAUUUUCUGUGGUCGUUCGCGGUUCAGUACGUUGCGCUUCAGCUCAACCUCUAG